UUAGCCCUUUGACUGGUUAGGUCGAGCGCACCGUCGAGGGUCACCCGACACCCCGGCCAGCAAAUGGAGAAAAAAGGCUCGCCCCUCAUCGUCGUCGUCGCUGCUGGAACGGGCUGCGUUACCGGGCGCAGACUAUAGACUCUCCUUACUCCGAGGCGCGCGCGAGACUUCUCUCUCUCCAUACCUUCCACUCCCGUGGCUGAGGCCGCAUACCUCCUUAGGAUGCAGUGUAGACCUGUCCAUUGGCUGGCAGACACCGGUCGGUUCUCUUUUCGACUCGACGAAACGACGCCGACAAUUCGAUGAGACCGACUGGGUAGAAGACACGCUCGUUCCUGCGCGUCCUUUUGCUUACUUGUCCGCAGGUGCGUCAUGCGGAUCCGCGGACGCGGUUUUGCGAGGGUGUUCGAGUGAGCGCAGUAACGGGGCACAGACCGACGUAGUGCGCGGGAAUAUCAGCACGUGCGGUGUCGUGACACGAUGAGGUGAUAACCGCGUUGUGCCAGCGCGUCGACCUCGCGGAGCGAUUCUGGAAGGUUCUCCACGUGUCGUAAUCCGCGCGAUGCACACACGGUCAUCGUCGUCACGGUUUUCGCAUCCCGCAGCUUUCCGCGUUACUCUGGACUGCUUGCUGUUGGAGAAACCGGAAUCAGCCGUGAACGAAGUUCGAAGAAAAACGGAGAAAACGUGGACGAAGGAUGAUCGCUCAGACUUGUAAAAAGUGACAUCAACUUCCAUGAGUUUCCAGCAAGAACCUGGCAGAAACUUUCAACCGCGAGAACAUGCAGCUAUACCAUGGUCAAGCAACCACCUUGCUCGCGAUCGCCGCACGAGCCGAUCGCAGGUGACGAUGUGGACGAUUUUGCUGCUACUGGUCUCCACUUGGUGUUCGUCAUGGGGCCAGGUGAUAAACAGGGCACCCCACUUCAUACAAGGUGGAGACAUGGCCAGAUUGGCCGUGUCGGAAGGCACGCCGCCUGGUGCCCCCGUCUACACCCUCCAGGGCGAAGAUCCUGAAGAAUCCAGAUUACAUUACUCCAUCAGCGGAGAAUACUUCACCGUCAAUCGAGAUACGGGCGUUGUGAUUCUCAGGAAAGCGUUAGACAGGGAAACGCAAGACCUUAUCGAAGUUAUUAUCAGUAUAACAGACGAAGGUAUCGCCGGCUCAGAACCUAACACGGUGUCACUCCGUCGCGAAAUAGCGGUGCUCGACGAGAACGACAAUCCGCCGGUCUACCAUGGUCGGCCGUAUGCGGCCAGAGUGCCGGAAAGUGCGCUUGUAGGUGGCCUGUUGCUUCCUUCGGGCACCAUCACGAUCACGGAUCGGGAUGGUGGAGUGAACGCCGACAUUCACGUGCAGUGCGUAGCGGCGUCGCGCGACGACGACGUCUGCGAGGUCUUCGAGGUCUCCACGGAAAAGCUCGCCGAGGGCAGAUACGACGUGCAGAUCACGCUGGCGAAACCGUUAGAUUACGAGAGGAGAAAUUCGUAUUUGAUUAAUCUGCUGGCUGUCGACGGUGCCAACGAUCCGUUGAAGCGAUUGCAGGCCAGAGCGACCGUUGCCGUUGACGUUCUCGACGUUCAGGAUCAGCCACCCGUUUUCCUGAACGCGCCUUACAGUGCGGCGCUUCCGGAGAACACCGCAGCUAAUCACAUAGUCCUGGUGGUGCGAGCGCGUGACGGUGACACGGGCCAAUCCAGGAGUCUGCUGCUGACGUUGGAGGAUGACGACGCAGGCCACUUCGAUCUCGAGGUAUCCCGCAAUGGUGAUGUCACCGUGGGCAGGCUGGUCACUACCAACGUGUCCCUCGAUCGCGAGAAUCCUAAGAUCCUGCAGAACGGCGGCAUUUACACCUUCCAAGUCAGGGCCACCGAACUGAUCAACAAUGAGAUCCCGGCCGACACCGCGACAUCGGCUAUUACGAUUGUCGUCACGGACGUGGACGACCUGGUACCCGUUUUCAACGAGGAUUACUUCAGCAUCAGGAUCUCCGAAGACAUUGGAAAGGACACUCCUCUUCCAGGCUUGAACAUGAUUGUGAGCGACGGUGACGUGGGCGACAAUGCCAAGUAUUUCCUGGCGUUGCGGGACGCGCCGGGGUAUCCGGGAAUCAGCAAAGCAUUCAUUGUCAGUCCCGAGGAAGCUCAAGGCCGAGUGCCGGUAGUGAUCAAGGCCAAGAACGUCAAUGUGCUCGAUUACGACGUCGACGAUCCCGCAAAGAGGGAACUGGAGUUUGAAGUCGUCGCGACUGUAGCGAGCGAAGUAGUGGCUACUUCCAGAGUGCACAUUCAGUUAUUAGACGCCAACGAUCACAGCCCCGAGUUUUCCCAAUCGGUGUACAAGCUCUCAGUCUCGGAAGACGCGGAGCCCGACACUCACUUUGGUGACGUUCACGCAAAAGACGAUGAUAGUGGUUCCUUCGGCGAGUUAACGUACACAUUACGAGGCUUCGGCGCGGACAAAUUCGCCACCGAUCCGCAGAUGGGCGGGAUAUCCGUAGCGAAGAAGCUGGAUUACGAGGUGCAGAAGUCCUACUCUUUGACGAUGGAGGCAAAGGACGGCGGGGGUCGCGUAUCCGCGGUCAACAUUCUCAUCGAACUCGACGAUGUCAACGACAACGAGCCGGUGUUUGAGCAAGCGGAAUACUCCAGGACGGUACGCGAAGAUGCUACCAGCUUCGAGCCCCAGAUGUUCGUGAGGGCGACUGACGUCGAUGGACCGAGCCAGGGCAAUGGAAGAGUCGUGUACUCCAUCAGCCGGCACAAUAGUAUGACAAACGACGUCUUCAAGAUUAAUCCGGACUCAGGCGAGGUGACCAUGUCGAAACCGGUCCGUUCCGGGGACACCGAAAGAGGCAUCUACGAAUUGAUGAUCCGUGCGACCGACUUUGGAACACCGUCAUUGUAUUCCGAGGCGAAGCUGCUUGUUCGCGUUGGAGUGCCCGGGAACCAGAAGCCCAUCUUCCGAGGGAACUACAAGUCGAACCUACCUGGUCCGAAUACUUACCGGGCGAGGCUCUUGGAGAACGCGUCGCCCGGAACGGAAGUUAUUCGCGUCGUUGCCAAUGAUCCUGAUGGCAGGGAUAAUUUGCUGCAGUAUUACAUCGCGUCCGGUUCCAAGGAUAAUUUUGUCAUCGAUUCCAGUUCUGGUAUCAUAACUGUGUCACCUGACGCUCGCUUGGAUCUGGAGACCGGCGGUGAUAAGUACGAGGUGAUCAUAUAUGCGGUUGAUUCUGGCACGCCCGUCAAGGAAACUGCUACUACUACCGUUACAGUGAAUAUUAUCGAUGUGAAUAAUAAGCCGCCGACGUUCAAUGAAUCAACGUACCAGGUUUACGUCUCGGAACGUGCAGCCAUCGGUGAAUCUGUGUUGAAGGUGUCAGCGAGCGAUCCCGACGCGGACGCGUAUCUGGAGUACUCCCUAGUGGAACCGAUCAGGGCCGUCGACAAGACCGGCGUAGCCUUGAAGAGCACCACUCCGUACGACUACAAAUCAGCGUUUCGAAUAAAUUCCGCGACCGGCUUGAUAACAGUUAAUCGAGGUUUGGAUUAUCAAGUGGCCGCUGUUAUAAUACUGACGGUACAGGCGCAGGACUUGAAUGCCGUCGUCGACAAGGAUAGGCAGAUGGCGAAGGUGGAGGUGACAAUCUUCAUCCAAGCUUACAGCGACGACAAUCCGACGUUCACCAAUCCUGGAUGGUCACCGAACAAUCCGACUGUAAAGAUCACGGUUCCGGAGGAGCAACCGCUGGGCACCACAUUGUUGAUGUUGUCGGCAAAAGAUCCGACAACGGGACAGCCGGUUAAGAGAUUCGAGCUGGUGAGAGAAGACGACGACGAAGGCUACGUUAACGUAGGUGUUCAAAGCGGCAACGUGGUGUUGAGUAAAAGGCUGGAUUACGAAGAGCUGAAUCAGAAGAUUAUCCGCUUCAAAGUGCGAGCACUCGGCAGGGACUACGAUAUAACGCGGAAAAUGUCAGAGGCUAACGUAAUCGUCGAGAUUCAAGACAUCAAUGAUAACAGUCCAAUCUUCAGUCAGAAGGAUUACAAGAUUUCUGUACUGGAAUCGACAAAACCCUCGAAGAUUGUCCUGAACGUGAAAGCGAUGGAUAUGGACUGCUCUAAUACCGAGCAGGAAGUCAAAAGAGGAUACGGAGAAGUGAGAUACUCCUUGACGGGCGAAAACGCUAAUCUUUUCGAAGUAGAUCCGAUAACAGGCAACAUUCAGAUUGCCGCUAACACGAGUCUCGACAGAGAGAGACAAUCGGUCCUUCGUUUCUACGUAGUAGCAUCGGAUAUGCCACAGGGCGGUGCCGAGCAACGAAGUAGUCGAGCCUUGGUGACAGUCGAUGUUCUCGAUGUCAACGACAACGCUCCCAGCUUCGAACAGGACUCGUACACCGCGGUGAUCCCGGAGAACGCACCGGUGGGAAUCAGCGUGGUGAAUAUCACGGCUUCUGACCCGGAUGAAGGCGAAGGUGGAAUGAUUCACUUUGAGAUCAUCGACGAGGGUGAAGCUAACGGAUUGUUCAAAAUCAACCACACAACGGGCGAGAUUUACUCAGCACGAGCCUUGACAGGCAAAGGCAGAACAGAGCCUUACAACAUGCGAGUGCGGGCACAGGACGGUGGCAAGACGGUGACUUUGUACGCAGACGUAAGCCUAGUUCUGUAUAUCGGUGACGUGGUGAGCAACGAUGGUGUGCCGCUGUUCAUCAGACCGACGUUGGAGGAGAUGGCCUACAUCGCCGAAAAUUCUACCCUCGGCAGUCCAGUGUUCCAAGUAGUAGCUUCUGAUCCCGAUGACCCGAAUCUACCGAACGGUAGGAUCACCUUCCGCUUUCUGGAAGACGGCAACUUCGGCAAAGACGCGAGUGCAUUCCGGAUCAACAGUGAGACUGGGCUGAUCAGCACACGCAAGCUACUCGACAGAGAGACCAAAGACAGCUAUACACUGAUUCUGGUGGCACAGGAUCUUGGCGAUCCGCCACAGCAAGCGACUAGGGUGCUCCAGGUGAUCGUGAACGACAUCGACGAUCACAAGCCGCACUUCAAGCGCAGCCUGGACAGUCCGCCGAUCGAGCUGAAUGUCUUGGAAGAGAUGCCGGUAGGCAGCAAGGUUGGCGUGAUCGAGGCGAUUGAUGAGGACAUUGGCGAGAACGGAAUGAUCGAUUACGAGAUCGUGUACGGGAACGAAGCGGGUCUCUUUGUGGUGCAGCGAUUGGGGAACAAUUCUGCCAUCAUCAAGUCCAACGGCCGUCUCGAUCGAGAGACCGCCGAGUUCCACUUGCUGACUGUCAAGUGUUUCAAGUACUCCCGGAAGCGAUCAGACAUAGUACCGAAACCGUACAACAGACAGGAUCCCUCGGAGCGUCAGGUGCUCGUCAAGGUGCUGGACAUCGACGACAACCGACCGCGCUUCAAGAAGGACAACGUGACGUUAGGUGUUCGGUUGAACGUGCCCAUCGACACUAGCCUGAUCACUCUGGAGGCCUACGAUGCCGAUUCCAGCGCUCUGCGCAUCAAUUACAACAUGAGCAAGGUGUCCUUCACGUCCCUGGUCGAUCCUUCCAUGUCGAAGCGUGAGAUUCCGUCGCAGUUGUCGCUGAACUCGCGCACUGGCGAAUUCAGGACGACCGGGUCUAUGGCAGGUUACGCGGAUGGCUUCAUGGAGAUGAUCGUGACGGCGAACAAUUCAGGGACGCCUGGACGCGAGACCAACAUCACCUUGAGGAUCUUCCUGCUGCGCGACCGCGACAUGCUGAAGUUCGUGUUCUCGAAACCGCCGGUCGAAGUCAGGAAGACAUUGGAGGAUUUCGAGAGAGCGGUUCAGCAAGCCCUCUCGCUGCCUAUCAGCAUCAACGUCUACGACACGCAGUUUUACUCGAAGGAGGACAACUCUCUGGACUUCUCGUCGACCAGUUCAUGCUUCCAGAUGGUCGGCAAGGAGUCGUAUGACCUGGACGAGAUGCGGGCGCUAUUGACCGACCCAAGAAAUGAAGAAUUGAAGAAGGUGUACAGAAUGUACCACGUGGAGAAAGUGCAGCAUUGCGCUGCCUUGGUGGCGCGUGCAGACGCCUCCAUGACGCAGAUGUGGGUCCUGGCCAUCGCCGUCCUCGUCGGAGUUGCUGCCAUAAUUUCCAGCUGUACAUUGUGCUGCAUGCAUUCCAAAUACAAGCGGCAAGUGAGGCACGCACGUUUGCGCGAUCAACCACGACCGCCUCUCAGUUACGUGUCUUCCGGACCAGCCAUGGUCAGUGCUGGAUCCCAUACGACUUUGGGCCCGGGCACCAUGGUCACGCUGGGCCCGCACGAGGGACCAUACGAAUGGGGCGCCGAUACAACGCUUUACCAUCCAAGCACGCUGGGUUCAAGAACGUAGAGAUCAGACGGAAAUUGCAAAGUGUUUCUUUCAAACUGCAUUGACUUUUUCUUAAACAAAAUUUGCAGUUAACAAUUUCAGCGCGAUAUAUAAUAAUUAGACGAUCAAGCGUUUUAUAUAAACCGAAAAGCAUUUAAUUUUAAAUUAAUUCUAAAUUUAUCUUGAGGAAGCUUCAAUUAGCAUAUGUUGUUCCGACUUUUGUUAUUAGCAUUAAAUCGAGAAUAAUAUUGUUGCUAAGAAAACAUUGAUUAAAGAAAGUUUACAAUGUUAAUUAUAUUUUGGAAUAGUGUGUAUGCAAUCUCGAUGAAUCUAAAAAAUGACUUAGUGAAAGGUGCGUGGGAAGAUACAAAAUUGCAUACAAUGUGUAAUUUAUAAACUUAAUGAAAAGCUGAGAAAACAUAUCGAUGGUGCUAUAUUCGUAAUGUAAAAAAGUGAUGUGCGAGUAGGACACAUGUGACAAAGUAUAAAAUGCGCUUGUAAAAUGCAAUAGUUUGUAAGUAAUUUUAAGCCUACCAAUUUGUAUAUUUUACUUAUUACUACGUUAGCUGUGCUGUUAAGAAAUCGUUCUCUACUGUAAUAUAAUAAUAUAUAAGACAAAAGAAAAUUG